CCCGAGUCCCGACACAUUGCUUACACUUCGUCCAUCCUCCCACUAACACAAGAAGAAGAAACAAGGCUUGCAAAUUGUUCUCUGAAACCGUUUUCUUUCACGCAUUUGAUCAAACAAUCGCGAAUUGAAAGAAUCUGUUUCAUCCAUCGCAGAGAGCGGUCAAGAAGCUAUUACAAAUGAGUGCAGGUGGUGCAUUUGGUGGGAAUCGGGGACUGAGACCAGUGCCUCCAGAAAAAGGAGUCUUCCCUUUGGAUCACAUGCAUUUAUGUGACCUGGAAAAGAAAGAAUACCUCAGCUGUCUAAAAUCUUUCGGUCACCAAUCUGAAAAAUGCAGACGCUUUUCAAAAAAGUAUCUAGAAUGUCGUAUGGAAAAGAACUUGAUGGCAAAGCAAGACAUGUCAGAACUAGGAUUUGGGAAGGAAAGUGUCAUGGAAGCUUCUGGUGAGAAUGUCAAUGAGAGGAUUGAUAACUGAGGCUUACAAUCAACUAGAGAGCAAGACUGUGAUCCGUAGUUGGAAUAGCUUUUCUAUUUGGCAGUGCCUUUUCCAUGCUUGGUAUAUUUAUUAUCAUGAAAUUGGAAAUACAAGCAAAACAAUCGAAAGAAAAGUGAAAAGUAUAGAAUUUUGCAGGUGUGAGUGGAGUGAGGAAUAUUGAUUUUGGGUAAAAAUAAACCCAUUAACUCGGUGAGCUUACUAGCAUACCUCUUUUUUUUACCGGCGGUCGAGUCUUAAGACUACAUAGCUAAUUUAGCUACUCACACCAGCAGUUGGGAAGGGAAGACCCACCUCCCCACGGACAGCUCCUAAUAAUUGUAAGUAUAGUUUUAUAGCACGCCAAUACGUCUGUUGAAAAGUGCCUACCAAACAGAUAGAGGGUGAGCAACGAGACUUUUGUGGGUUGUUUCGGAUGCUCAAGUUAGUAAAGUUGUCCGAAAAAGAAUGGAAUGGAAAGUUUUGACAAUGAAGAGAAUUGGGAAUUACUUGCUACAAUGAUUGCUCUCUUUACAGUGGUGGCUAAUUUCCUCAGCAUAAUUGGCCUGGUUUGUUAAACACAAGGACAGAACACAGUAAUGCGAGUUACUGUUCAUGUACUUUUUUUUUCUUCAUAUUUUCUUAUACUAAUCGACAUCAAAAUA